AGUCACCUUCUGACUCUCUGUUCAUAAAGAGAAGGAUGAGUUACGUCGCUAAAGGUGAGAAAGAAUACGAUGCGAUGGGCACGCCCCUCCCCAAAGCCAAAAUCCACAAGAUCUGCAUCACGCUCACGAGCAGCAAUGUCAAGAAUCCUGAGAAGUUUUCAAAAGAACUGAUUGAUUGUGCGAAGGACAAGCAGCUUCAUGUCAGGGGAUCCGUGCGCCUCCCGACCAAGCCUUGCGGUGAGAGUUCGAAGAUCUGGGACCGCUAUGAGCUCAAGAUCCACAAGUGCCUCAUUGACCUUCACUUCUUGAGUGAGAUCGUGAAGCAGAUCACGAGCAUCAGUCUGGAGCCUGGUGUUGAGGUCGAGGUUACCAUCUCUGCUUGAGUGUAUGACAUUCUUCGCGUAUAGCUAUAUGUUCACGGCACAUUCGAGGUGUGGGCUUGCAUGCAGUGCUUGCCAGCAGGCAUAUCAGACGUGAGCAUUCAUGCACUCAGUUGCUGGGAAUCGUGACACAUUCAUCCACCUCAUUCGGGUGGCCUGUGUUUAGUCAAUGACCAUACUCA